AAGAAAUGCAUAAAGGAAAGGAAAAGAGAAAUAUCUUCAAGUAAGAAGAGUUGUGUUUUCGACGUUCAGUCUGAUAUAAGUCGGUCGAGAAACUAUCGACCAGGAGAGCUCAGGAGCGUGAAGAACUAUAAGGCUUCUAUCAUUCUGUCAUCGAUCACUGUUGGGUCGGUUGGUGAGUCACCCAAAAAAAGCAUCGAGAAAGGUCAAGCAUAUAUGUUUUAUGAAAUGAUCAUCGGUCUCAUUUAUGCUAUGCCCUGCAUCGUGUUCGUGUGUGUUUAUUGAGCUUUCUUCACUUCAGCGCCAUGCGCUUUGCUUUAUAGAAGAGAGAGACCGUUGUGAAAAGCAAGCGCAAGCGAUAGAAAGGAUAGUACCUCGCGCGAACUACUAGAAAAUGCCGAGAUCAUUAGAUCAUUAGUGAAAGAAGGACCAACGACGAUCCUAUCCUAAAGGAGAAGGAGGAGUAGUAGGAGUCAGUUUUCCUUGAAGAUCGAGGAAGAAAUUGGAAAAUUAUGCCAUUCGGAAGAAGUCUUCUACAGAGGGAAAGCCUGUUACGAGUAAGUGGAGAGGAAAGAUCUCCAGAGAUUCUGAUUUCAUUCCAUGUAAGUGGCUCGACCAGUAACCAAUGGCGAAAACUCAAAAAUCCAUGGUUUCCCGGUAGAACCCUAUUUCGUCCAAGUUGUUGCGGAACCGGAAAAAAGAAGAGGUUUUUCGCGCAGCUUACUCAUAGUUCAGGUCCCACUUGUAUAUCGUAUUUGGCCGAAGAAGCAUCGGACAGGUUGACGUUCUUACCUUCUUGGGACUCCAUGGACCAAGAUCUGCUUUCAUUAUAUGGGCAAUACCGAUCUACUUUAGUAGAUCAUAUGGAUGUAGAAAAAGCUUCACAUUUGGAUGAAUUUACAACAUCUCUUUUCCAUUUCUAUUUACCCAGUUCAUAUCUUUCUUUCGUGUGUUCCGGAGAGGAAUUAGAUCUCUUCAAUCUCGGGAUACCGCCUAAAUAACUGCGGCCAGAGAAUC